AGACGUUUGGACCUCAUGACAUGCCAGUUAUCGACAUUUCCAACAGCACUAGGAAAGAGCAUGACGGCUUUUUCUAUGCCAAUUUCUCUUUCACAUGCGGCCACGGCUGGCCCUAUAUCGUAUUCUGCUCCCUGCGUAAACUCCUUUUCCUUGCCAUUGUUAUGAAGACUUGAUUUUGACCUUGUGCUCCUUACUCCCUUUGUUUGGACAAAUACCGCAAAUACCGCCUGCUUUUUCUGUUUGAUGACAACCUUUAAGAUUGGAACUGUCUUUGGAGGCUUCCUGCACUUCUCCCUGUCUGCAUGUCUGCUAAACAUUCUACAUCAUGAUAGACCACGUUCUUGGUAGGCCUUCGGUCAGAUUUCGCAAGUAUCAGGUCUUUGCUGUAGUCUCUUUUUGGUCGUAUUAUCUUUACAAAGGCAAUCCCCAUGGCCCACCUUACCUACGACGCCUCUCCAGAGUCUUCUCUACGCGCUUGACGACCUGGCACACGGUUGUCUUGACACUCAUCUACCUAUACAUCACACGUAACUUUAGCAAACUCGUGGGCCUCGAGUGCCCAGAACCGCUGGCCAACCUCUACACAAGAUCAUACUUCCGAGCAACAUGGGUCACAACAGCCUUGGAUGCAGGCUUCUGGACGGCUAUGAACCUACGCCCCGUAUGGUUGAAGGAUAUAGCAAGUCUUGUCUUCUCGGUGUACUAUCUCAUCUGUGCCGAGCAAGCAGACGAAAAAGUACGCAAGAUUAGAGCUGGCUUGACCUUGGAACAUUUGAGAGUGAGCUGGAACAAGCCCAACACACCAUACAUCAACUUCUUCGGCAAGCUGAUGCGACCUAAACUCAUGCGUUACCCGCCGCGCGCCAUCCGCAUACCCAGGCCAAAGCAAAGCAGCUACGAUGAGCCCAUUCAAGCCUGGCUAUACUUUGAUGGCCCUAUCAGCGACCUGAAGAAUCACGACAAGAUUGUGCUCGAUAUUCCUGGUGGUGGUUUCGUGGCCAUGGAUCCGAGAGCCCAUGACGACAAACUGCUGGCCUGGGGUGCAAGAACAGGCUUACCCGUAUUGGCCUUGGAUUACAAGAAAGCUCCUGAACAUCCCUAUCCUUAUGCGCUGAACGAGUGUUACGACACAUACCAUACUCUGAUCGCAACCAAAGGACAAUGCAUCGGCCUUUCUGGGGAGACUAUGCCCAAGAUAGUCGUCAGUGGAGACAGCGCAGGUGGGAAUCUCGCAGUAGGCUUGAUCCUUAUGAUCCUGCAGUCCGGCAGCACUGCGACUCGCCGUUGGCAAGGUGAAACCUCGCUUCCCGUACCCGAGGGCGCAGUUCUCAUCUAUCCGGCUCUCGACAUGAACAUUGGAAAUUGGAUGACGGACGAGCAGAUGUCUCUGAUCAAGGAUCGAAAGAUGCGCAAAACCAACCGUGGUGUCUUGAGCAGAAAGAGCGACGACUACAGGAAGCUGACACCGAACACUCCGCAUGGAUCUGAGGAUGAAGACGACGACGUUAGCCCGCCAAAGACGAAACGAACGAAUACGGCAGUGCAGCAACUGACCGACAAGCAAAUCGUUGCGUCACCUACUGAACCUCAUACCAGCGCCGCCCACACAGUUGAUGCUGCGCCCACUGCACCGGCCCCACAGAUGCUGCGUACCCGACUUGCAAUGUCCUCUAUGAUAUCUUACUUCAACGACCGCGUUCUGACACCCGAAAUGAUGCGCGCUAUGAUUAUCCUCUACAUCGGUCCUCAUUCGCGACCAGACUUCUCGACCGACUACCUACUAUCGCCACUUCUCGCACCUGAAGCGCUUCUCACCCGCUUCCCCAAGACUUACAUGAUGACUGGCGAACGCGACCCUCUUGUGGAUGACACAGUCAUCUUUGCAGGACGUCUAAAACAAGCCAAAUUGGCCCACUGGAAUCAUCGCAAAGAGCUAGGUCUGAUUCGCGAGCGUGAUGUCUUCGUUGACACCGACCAUGUGAACGUAGUCCUGAUCCCUGGCAUUUCUCAUGGCUUCUUGCAAUUCGCGGGCAUAUUCCCAGCAGGCUGGAAAUACAUCUCCCGAUGCUCACGUUGGAUGGCGGACCUCUUCCGCGAGGCAGAUUUGCGUGCUGAGUUAGACGAAGAAGAGACCGACUACUUUGGCAAGGAAGCAGGCCUGGGUAUGAAGAAUGGGAACGGCAUCAGACAUCAUCGCCGCAUGCCAACAGAGUCCUCAGGCGACGAAGACAGACCGCUCGAAAUGAGUACCUUGAACGGAGGGGCUCGCACCAGUCCAAAGAAAAAGGGAAGUCCGAGAGGUAGUGGCAGGACUGUUCGGGGAGCCAGAAACGAGCGGCCCAGAAGUCAGAGGACGAAAAGUCUUGUUAGCUUGGCCAGUGAGGAUGAUCUCCUGGGUAGGAGAAUGAAGGGACUGACAGGCAAUUUGAUGGGUGAUGGCGGAAUGCCUCAAACACCGUGAUUGGUCUGGAAUUUCCCAUAUCUCUCGAAUUGCCUACAAUCAUUUGUACACCCAAUAUUUGCCUCAUCACGCAAUGAGCCAGGAACCAGAUCGUGAGAGCAACUACCAUACCGUGUGCCCCUUCAAUAACAAAUUAGUACAUGAGCAAGGUAGAACAACUCGUACAGUAUCACAACCCAGGAU